AUGAUUGGGCCAGACUUACCUGCCCACCUUCUCGCCUCUUCCUCUGCUCGCUCCGCUAAAACAGAAGAAAACCGGGGCCAAGACGCCUCGACAAUAGGCCCUACCAUUCCAACACACCUGGGCUCUUCUGCUAGGUCGACCACUCCGAUCCCGAGCCGAAUGAAGAGCAUGGGCCUGCAGCUCGAAGAGGAAGAGGAGGACUAUGCACCUGCGCUACCUCCGGACAUGAUAGCCGCAAAAGCACCCGGAGCUGCUCAGGCGCCAACUGGACCUGCCCGUCCACCACAUCUAGCUAGUCGGAGGUCUGCAUAUGAUGAGGACGACGAGGACGACGACUAUGGUCCUACACCGUUGCCUUCAGGAUUCGCCUUGCGAGAGAAGAGCGGCGUGGAGGAGUUUCUGGAGAGGGAGGAGAGGAGGAAGAAGCAACUUGAGGAAGCGAGCAAACCCAAGGCACUGCAGCGAGAAGAAUGGAUGCUUGUCCCUCCAUCACAGUCCGACCUCUUAGGCUCGAUUGACCCUACGCGGAUCAAGCGGCCGCGCAAGUUCGCAGCGACAGCGCAGACACCGCGGGAUGCAGAUGCGUCUCUGUGGACCGAGACACCCGCUGAACGCCAGCAGCGCAUCGCAGACGAAGUGGCAGGCAAACGGCGUCGCGUCACGGACGUCAGUGCGCUGAAUCCGGAAGAGGAGCGAGAGCUGAGGAAAAAGAGGAGGUAUGAAGAGGAGGUCAGGAAAGGCGUAGAGGAACAUACGAAAAAAGUUCGUGGAGGAACGUUAGUUGAUCGGCAUGCACGCACGAGUACCAGUAAAGAGAAAGAUGAUGACGAUGAACUUCCGGUCAUUUGGGACCACAGCAGGGAUAUGGCGCUGUCAGGGAGGCUCGUGGACGACAAGACCCGCGACAAGGUCAUCCGCGAGGCGAGAGGUCUGGGAGACAGGUUUGGGUCGGGCAAGAGCGGUGGAUUCUUGUAG